AUGUUAAUUGCCAAGCUUGUCUGUUUUUCACUAUAUCUCUUUCUCUCUCUUCCUCUUUCUUCCUCUCUCUUCCUCUCUCUUUGUCUCUCUCCCUCUCUCACUUUUUCUCCCUCUCUUUUUGUCUCUCUCCCUCUCUCUCUCUCUCUCUUUGUCUCUCUUUCCCGCUCCCUCUUCCUUUGUCACUUCCUCCUUCUCUCUCUUUCUCUCCCUCUCCCUCUCUCUUUCUCUCUCCCUCUCUUUCUCUUUCUCUCCCCCUCUCUCGCCUCCCUUUCCCUCUUUCUUUCAUUCUCCCUCUCUCUCCCCCUCUCUCUUUCUUCCCUCUUUCUUUCUUUCUUUCUUUCCCCGUUUCUCGCCCCUCCCUUAUUCUCUCCCCCUCUCUCUUUAUCUCUCCGUCUCUCUUUCUUCCAUCUUUCUUUCUUUCUUUCUUUCUUUCUUCCUCCCCCUCUCUCUUUCUUUCUUUCUUUCUUUCUUUCUCCUUCCCUCCCCCUCUUUCUCUCCUGUUUCUCGCCCUCUCUCUUUCUUCCCUCUUUCUUCCCUCUUUCUUUCUUUCUUUCUUUCUUUCUUUCUUUCUCUUCCCGUUUCUCGCCCCUCUGUUUCUCUCCCCUCUUUCUCGCCUCUCUCUCUCAUCUCCUUUCCCGCCAUUUGAACACGUGUAUGCAAUUGAUCAUCUUUCCUUUUUUUUUCUUUUCUUCUUUCAUUCACCUUUUUCUCCUCUCUAAACACUUUUCUCACACUUUUUCAUUUUCUUCUUUUUUUUUCCUUUCUCCUUUUCAUCAUUUACUUCAUUCCUUUUCUUCUCAUUCUGCUCUGCCUUUUCUUCUUUUCUUCUUUCUUCCUCCUCUCUUUCUCUUCUUCAGUUUUUACUUUCUUCCUUUUCUUCUUUCCUCCUCAUUUUUUCCUUUUCUUUCUCCCUUUUUCUUUUUCCUUUCCUUCUUUACAUGUUUUACUUUCCUUUUUUUCUUCUUAUUCUUUCUGAUUUUCUUCUUCUUUUUCUCUCUUCGUUUCAUCUUUAAUUUACUUCUUUUCCUCUUCAUUCUUUUCCCUCUUCUUUUCAGUUUGUACUUUUUCCUUUCCUCCUCGUUCUUUUUCCCUUUCCCUCUCUUUUUCUACUUUCUUUUCUCUCUUUUCAUCUUUUACUUUCUUUCUUUACUUCUUUUCUCUUCAUUUCCCUUUUUUCUUUCCUAUCUUCUUUUCCCCCCAUUUACUUUCUUCAUUUUCUCUUCAUUUCCCUUUUUUCUUUCUCUCACUUUCCAUAUUUACCUUCCUUGUGUCUUUCUUUUCUUUAUCGACCCUUUCUUUGUCCAUUCCAUUCAUGCCUACUUAUCUAUUCCUUUUAAAACGAAUGCAAACGAAAAAAAAAAAAAAGACUUUAUUUAUUUCAAGCCCGAAACGAAUGUAGCGUUUAACGACUUGUGUAACUUAAACCUGACUGAUUCAUUUCUCUAUUUUUAA